CAGGGCAUAUGUCCGGUAGGAGAUGCACAGCUAUGUCGGGGGAGUGCUGACAAGGCACAGAUAAGGCUGGGAGCGGCUCUGGACGGUUCACAGUGUCACCAUGAGGCGGUCUAUUAUCAAGGUGGAAAGCGUACUACUGCUGUGUGUGGGUUUUGUUUGUCUCUUAUUUAUUAUGCAAGAAAGUAAAGAUGAAAAAGAAGAAAUUGAAAAUCGGCCUGUCCUUGCUUCUCCUGUUACCUAUGGAGCUGCUGAACUAAAAAAAAUAGAGUGGGUCUCCGGCUGUCAAGAAAACUCCACAGUUGAACUUGUUGCUGGAUUUUCCAAGCUGCCUGCACACAUUAAAGACUUCUUGAAAUAUAGACACUGCAGAAACUUUCCACAGAUCCUUAACGCACCACAGAAAUGUGGUGGAAGAGCUGCAUCUAAAGGGGUAUUUUUGCUUCUUGCCAUAAAGUCUUCCCCUGGGAAUUAUGAAAGGAGAGCUAUCAUUCGCCAGACAUGGGGGGAGGAAAACAGUUAUAAUGGUGCCCAUGUUAAAAGGAUUUUUCUCUCUGGAACCUCUAACAAUGAGAGGGAGGGCAAACAUUUGAGGCAGCUUCUAAAAAUUGAAAGUGAAACCUACGGUGAUAUUUUACAGUGGGACUUCCACGACAGUUUUUUUAACCUGACAUUAAAACAGUUGCUCUUCCACCAGUGGCUAGAUGAUCAAUGCCCAGGAGCUAACUUUAUUUUCAAUGGAGAUGAUGAUGUAUUUGUUAACACCUUCAAUGUUGUCAUCUAUCUACGUGGACUGGAGGCCGAUAAUCACCUCUUUGUUGGACAGCUGAUAGCCAAUGUAGGACCUAUUCGUGAAUCUGGUAGCAAAUAUUAUGUGCCCAUACAGGUAACCAGCUCCAAUUCCUACCCAAUGUAUUGUGGAGGUGGAGGAAUUCUCCUAUCCAAAUACACUGCUCAUGCCAUUUACAAUAAAUCCUUGGAAAUUCCUCUUUUUCCUAUUGAUGAUGUUUAUCUAGGCAUGUGCCUGGAAAAGGCUGGCUUAGUCCCAGCCUCUCACAUGGGAAUGAGGACAGUAGGAGUGCGUGUGCCAUCUGUCAAAUUAGACUCUUUUAACCCAUGCUAUUAUAGAGAACUUCUAAUGGUACACCGUUUUGUGCCAUACCAGAUGCUGGUCAUGUGGAAAGCUGUACAAGAUCCUCAUCUUGACUGUGGACAGAAACUUUCUAUAUAUGUAGACCAGUAACGGGGACAGACAUGUGAAGAUUCCCAAGCCAUAUACCAUUUGCCAGUCCUUACAAAUAGUGAGCCUCAUCUAUACGACCUGGAGAAGAAAAUGUCUAUGCUA